AUGAAUAAGAAAUCAAAUAAUACUUCCAUUAAAAAACCAAGCACACCUGUUAGAAAAUUAGUUGGUGCUAAAAAACCAAAUGUAGUUGGUGCUGUGAAACCAAAUAACAAUAUUAAAAAAUCAACUCCAAUCCAAAAUAAACCAACUAGAAAUAAUACUCCAACUAAAAAAUCACAAAAAGUAGAAGAGCCAUCAGAAGAUGAAGAAGAAGAAGAAGACUAUGAAGAUAGCGAAGAGGAAAUUGAAAAUAAAAAAUCUAAUUUAUUAGAUUCAGACGAUGAUGAGGAAGAAGAAGAUGAUGAUUUUAAUAGAAAAAAUUCUGGUGCAUUUUCAGAUCAAAAUAAAAAACUUUUUAAAAUGAAAGGUGCAGAAACUGAAGAAGGUGAAGAAAGUGAAGAUGGUGAAGAUGAAGAUGACGAAGAAGAUUCAGGUGAAGAAACCAAUUUCGAAAGAAAAGUUAAAAAAGCACAAAUAAAAGCUAAAGUAGAAAAAGCCAAGGAUGAUGAAGAAAUAAAGAACCCAAUUUUACCAGAUGAUGUUUCAGAUGAAACAACAGAUGAAGAAGGUGAAGGAGAAAAAGAAGAAGGUGAAGAAGAAGAAGCCAAAAAAGACAAUUUACUUGGCAUAGAUUUACCAAUGGUUUAUCAAAGAAUUAAAGACGUUAUUGCAACUCUUGAAGAUUUUAACUCACAAAGAAAAGCAGGUAUUUCAAGACAAGUAUAUAUGGAUCGUUUAAAGGAAGAUAUUUGCACAUAUUUUGGAUAUUCAAGUUGGUUAGUAGAUGUAUUUUUAAAGAUUUUUAAUGCUGCUGAAGCUUUGGAAUUCUUUGAAGCCAACGAAACCCAUCGUCCACUCACAAUCAGAGCAAAUACACUCAAGACUCGUAGAAAGGAUUUAGCCGAAGCUCUUAUUGCACGUGGUGUUCAUUUAGAACCAAUUAAAUGGUCACAAGUAGGUCUUACAAUUUAUGAUACCCAAGUAGCUAUUGGUGCUACUCCAGAAUAUCUUGCAGGUCAAUAUAUCCAACAAAGUGCUAGUUCAUUCCUCCCAGUUUUAGCUUUAGCUCCACAACCAAAUGAACGUGUUUUAGAUAUGUGCGCUUCCCCAGGUGGUAAAACUACAUACAUUGCUGCUAUGAUGAAAAAUACUGGUACAUUAGUUGCCAAUGAUGUAAAUAAGGAAAGAAUUAAAUCAUUAGUUGCAAAUAUUCAUCGUCUUGGUGUCAAAAACUGUGUUGUCUCAAAUAUGGAUGGUCGUGAAUAUCCAUCAGUUUUAGCAGGUUUCGAUCGUGUUCUUGUUGAUGCUCCAUGUGUUGGUUUAGGUGUUAUUAGCAAAGAUCCACAAAUUAAAAUUUCAAAGAGCGAACAAGAUGUCAUCACUUGUACCCAUACCCAAAAAGAACUUUUACUUAGAGCCAUUGAUGCCGUUGAUGCAAACUCCGCAACCGGUGGUAUCAUUGUAUACUCUACUUGUUCUUUAACCGUUGAAGAAAAUGAAGCCGUUGUCGAUUAUGCCCUUCGUAAUCGUGAUGUUAUUAUUGUUGAUACAACUAUUGAAUUUGGUGUCGAUGGUUUUACCUCAUUCAGAGAAAGUCGUUUCCAUCCAUCUUUAGCUCUUACUAAACGUUAUUAUCCACACACUCACAACAUGGAUGGUUUCUAUGUUGCAAAAUUAAAGAAAAGAUCAAAUACUAUUCCAUCAGAACAACAAAAACAAAAACAAAAGAAAAGAAAAGAAGUUUCAUCAGAAGAAGACACUGAAUCAGACUCAAAUACUAUUCCAUCAGAAGAACAACAAAAACAAAAACAAAAGAAAAGAAAAGAAGUUUCAUCAGAAGAUCAAGACACUGAAUCAGACUCAUCAAUCAAAAAACAAAAACAAUCAAAUAAUAAUACCAAUAAUAAUAAUACCAAUAAUAAUAAUAAAAACAAUUUAAAUAAUAGCAAUAAGAAAAACAAACUUUCAAAAAAUAGAUAUGUAAAAAAACAAGUCCAAAACAAAUCACAAAAAAAGAAAUAA